AACUAUAUACCAGAUCUAUAGAUAUAGAAAUUUGCUCUCUUUAUUCUUCUUCUUCCUCUAGUUAAUUCGGCCGUUGAAUAUAUACUUUUUUUCCGAUGGCACCACCUGUUCCCGGCCCUUACUCCGGCACCAGUACUCUCGCUCUGGUUGCUCGUGUGUCCGCUGUCACCGCUGGACUAGUUUACGGAAGUCUGAAGUUUAAAUACCUUAAGGCGAAGGCUAACUCGCAAAGAAAAGCUGCAGCCAAGGCACAACACUAAAAGGAUAUGAGUAAUGAGGCAGUGAUUCAUGUUUUGAAUAAUUCUUGAUGCUCCAGAGUGAAUUAGUGUGGCCACAGGCCAUGGUAUCUAUCUUUUGAUUGUAACUGUUUGACUUUCAUGAGACCAUGCUUUUACAUGAGUUUUUACUCGUUUCAACCAUGACUAAUGGUUAUACAUUUUCUUAGGUUCACAACAUAAAAUAUGAUUCAAAAGUUGAAUUCUGCUAGAAA